AUGGCGGAUUCUAAGGCGGCGGUGACAAUCCGUACCAGGAAGUUCAUGACGAACAGGCUUCUCUCGAGGAAGCAGUUCGUAAGUCUAGAUCCUAUCUUAUUCCGAGGUUUCUGCGGAAAUCCUUGCUCUUGGACUCAUAAUCGUUCUCCUCCCAGGUUAUUGACGUCCUACAUCCGGGAAGGGCCAAUGUUUCGAAGGUGCGUAGUUCAGUCCGGGGGGCUCAUCUCUGCUUCAGUGACGCGGCGAUUUCCUAUUGUUGAUUUGUGUUCCUGCUAUCUUCUUCAUUUUAUUUUUCCCUCACGGUUUGGUGCAGGUGGAGCUGAAGGAGAAGCUCGCCAGGAUGUACGAUGUCAAGGACCAGAAUGCGAUCUUCGUGUUCAAGUUCCGCACGCAUUUUGGCGGCGGAAAGUCUACUGGAUUUGGCCUGAUAUACGAUUCCGUUGAAAAUGCGAAGAAAUACGAGCCGAAGUACAGGCUAAUCAGGGUACGACAAGUUCAUCUUCCCAAUGCACUUAUCUCCAUUUCUCAGUUAUUUCGCAUCGAAAUGAAUCUUAUAUUUCCGUUUUUCUUGUUUUCUGUAUGAGUUCCGAAAUACUCCUGAUGUUGUAAGGUAUUGUUCAUCGGUUUUGAAGUACUUUAUAUUCUGAAUUAUACGCGUGCCCUUUUGUCUUAUAGAGUACCUUGUUUGAAUUCUUAGUAAAUCCUGUUUUCAUCGGUUUCUGAAGUGAUAUUUUGUUGUUGGCUUCCAUUGCAAACAGUGAAUUCGUUGCUGUUCGCCACAUGCUCUUUGUUUGCUUCUUGCUUAUUUACUCCGGAAUAUUUGCAAAAUAACUUUGCAUCAGUUUUAUAGUGACCUUUGAUGUAGCUUUGCUAAUCUAUUGUCGUAGAGUAGGGUAGCCUAGUUAGAACUCCUGUUCCUAUUAUAUUUGGGUACCUGUUUCUCUCAAUUCAUUACAAGUUCUUGCUGAAACUAUAGUGGCACAUAAUGUUACUUAUGUGGAAGAAAGCUGGAUUUAUUCUUUUUUAUUACCCUCGAAACUGCCCACCAGUAACUUCACAGGUAUCUUAUUAGAGACGACAUGUUUUGAGAAGCGGAGGAUUCUUUCUGGUUGCUCCCUCCAAGAAAGCUAGAAUUGUUUCUGUGAGAAGUUGUAGCGAGUCUAGAAAGGGUAUGUGGACGUUGCUGACGGCGAGAGACCUGGCAAACGUUGACCAACUGUGGAGACUUAAAACUCAGGGUUAGGGUCUUUGACGAAAUCGAAUGUGGUUGAUUCACCUCUUUAAUUGGCAAGACUGAGUGACUCACGUCAGUCAUAUCCGGUGGAUUCUUGUUCCCUAGUUGCAUUUGAUCUGAUCAGAGAUUGGGAGGAUGCCGAGGAGCAAGUUUUUUUCUCUGUGCCUUCAGUGAAAAACUCGUGGAUUCCGAUUUGGAAUGCCAAUUGGGUGCACGAUUUUGGGCGUUCCGCUUCCACUCUUUAUCUACCAUGGUGCACUGUCAGGCGAUUUCCUAGCAUAUCUUUGCAUCACUGUAUAGAAUCGUCUCUAAUUCUCUCUGCGUUUGACAGAACGGGCUCGCCACAAAGGUGGAGAAAUCGAGGAAGCAGAUGAAGGAAAGGAAGAACAGGGCCAAGAAGAUCCGGGGUGUCAAGAAGGUAAGCCCCCCGUCCUGCUUACCAUUCGAAAGAUUUGAUCUUUUCUACCACGCCGUAGUACCUGAAUGUGAUGGCGGUGGUGGCUUUUUUUGCUCAGACCAAGGCCGGCGAUGCCGCCAAGGGAGGGAAGAAGAAGUGA